AUGCGCUGGACGCAAACCAACCAGACCCGAACGACAUGGCUCCGUUUCGUCGGCAUCGGCGCUAUAUUGACCCUGUUGAUCGUCGCAUUCCUGCUCUUUAGCGAUCGUCUCUCCACUUCCGCUACGAAAUAUAUUUUAAAAACGGCCGAUAAGUCACCGCUGGAAUGUCCGUCGGCGGUUUCGAAUAUUACACAAUGGGAGUUCCAUACUCAGAGGGAUGCGAAUGAUCACGGGCUUUCGGAUGAGCAGUGUCGGGCUGCGUUUCCGAAGCUAUUUGUGGAGUUGGAUAAGUCUGCUGAGGGGAGGAAGGACAAGAAGAUUACGUUUCAGGAGGUGAAUGGGAUAUCGGUGGAGGAUGGGAUGGUAAGGGCGGUUGUGCAAGAUGGAGAGCUAUAUAUUGUCGAUUUCGGCGCUAUGCCGGCAACCUUCACCCGUGGCAAAGCGACCCUGAACUCGCUGCACCGCGCGCUGGCUUCGUUCCCUGACAGUCGCAACCUACCGAACAUCGAAUUCGUUCUGACGACAGAGGACUACAGCACAGGUGACGGUCCCAUCUGGUCCUACUCCAAGAAGGAUGAAGACACGAACGUCUGGCUGAUGCCCGACUUCGGAUACUGGUCGUGGCCGGAGGUCAAGAUCGGCUCGUACAAGGACAUCCGCGCACGUAUCGCCGCCGUGGACGACGGCGACUCCUCAUCACCAAACGCCCAGCACGGACUAUCCUUCCAGUCGAAGAAGAAACAACUCGUCUGGCGCGGCAGCGUCGCCACGAACCCGCAAUUGCGCGGCAAACUACUCAAAGCCGCCCAGGGCAAGAGCUGGGCCAGCAUCCGCGUGAUCGACUGGGACGAUGAGAACGAUCUCCGGUACAAUCUGCUCCCGAUGGAAGAGCACUGUCGGUACAUGUUCCUGGCGCAUGCGGAGGGCCGCAGCUUCUCCGGCCGCGGCAAGUACCUGCUCAAUUGUCGGUCUGUGACGAUCACGCAUCAGCUGGCGUGGAAGGAGGCGCAUCAUGCGGCGCUGAUCGCGUCGGGUCCGGAGGCGAACUAUGUGCAGGUGCAGAACGACUUCUCGGAUCUGGAGAGGAAGGUCGAGUUUCUGAUUGAUAAUCCCGAGACGGCGCAGCGGAUCGCAGAGAAUGCGGUUAGGACGUUCCGUGAUCGGUAUUUGACGCCUGCGGCGGAGUCGUGUUACUGGAGGGAGUUGAUCAGACGGUAUGCGGAUUCUUGUGAGUUCGAGCCGGUGCUGUUUGGGAUGAUGGAGGAUGGGAGGAAGGAGGCUAGAGGGACGCCGUUUGAGACGUGGGUUUUGACGGGGUGA